CAUCCAUUUCCUUGUUCUCCUUUGGCACUCAGUGUCCGUCUUCUCUGCCACCGAGCCGGCACCGGAGUUCAUCAUGUCUCCUCCAAGAAUUCUUCUCUGCGGCGACGUUUUCGGCCGUCUCAACCAGCUUUACAAGCGCGUCGUCUCGGUCAACAAAUCGGCCGGUCCGUUCGAUGCGCUUCUUUGUGUUGGCCAGUUUUUUCCGGACUCAACCGACCAACUCGACGAGUUCAUGGAUUACGUUGAAGGUCGAUCAGUAAUCCCUCUUUCCACGUACUUCAUUGGCGACUAUGGCGUCGGUGCCGCUAAGGUUCUAUUGGCUUCUUCUAAAGACUCGGCCAAUCAAGGGUUUAAAAUGGAUGGCUUGAAGAUUUGCGCGAAUUUGCACUGGUUGAAAGGCAGUGGGAAGUUCACGCUACAUGGUUUAUCUGUGGCGUACUUAUCUGGUAGACGUUCUUCAGAUGGUCUUCCAUUUGGAACAUAUACUCAAGAUGAUGUUGAUGUCUUACGAGCAAUAGCUGAGGAACCUGGAGUUAUUGACUUGUUCCUCACAAAUGAAUGGCCAACUGAGGUUUCAAAUAGAGCAGCAACACCAGAUGUACCCCCUGGAGUCUCAGAUCUCUCUGGAAGUGAUGCUACCAUCUCUGAAUUAGCUAUGGAGAUCAAACCUCGCUAUCACAUUGCAGGUACAAAAGGAGUGUUUUUUGCUCGAGAACCUUACUCCAAUGUUGAUGCUGUGCAUGUGACUCGCUUUUUAGGUCUUGCUUCGGUAGGAAAUAAAGAGAAACAGAAAUUUAUUCAUGCAAUUUCUCCCAUCCCAUCAUCUACCAUGUCUGCUGCUGAAAUUAGCAUGAAGCCUCCAAAUACUACCUUAUCUCCAUACACACUCACUGAACGAAAAGCUGAAUCCUCAGACUCUGCAAAGAGGUCCAGCAAUAGUGUUUCUGAAUCACAAUAUUGGAGAUACGACGUGUCUCAAAAACGACAAAAAUAUGGAACUUCUGAUGGUAACAAGCUUUGUUUUAAGUUUACAUCUUCUGGAUCUUGUCCACGUGGAGAAAAAUGCAACUUUCAUCAUGACAUGGAUGCAAGAGAGCAAAGCCAGAGAGGUGUUUGUUUUGAUUUUCUUAAUAAAGGAAAAUGUGAAAGGGGUCCAGAUUGCAACUUUAAGCACAGCUUUCAGAAUGAAGUUGAUAGCCAAUCUGGGAAGAGGAGAUCUGGAAAUGCUGGAACCAACAGGUCUAGAGAAUGCUGGUUUUGUUUGUCGAGUCCCAACAUAGAGUCACAUCUAAUAGUCAGCGUGGGUGAGAGUUUCUACUGUGCACUGGCCAAAGGUCCUCUUGUUCCAGACCACAUAUUGAUAGUACCUGUAGAGCACUUUCCAAACACCCUUUCUCUAGGCCCAGAAUUUGAAUCUGAAAUCAACAGACUUCAAAAUUCUCUCCGGAAGUAUUAUAAGAGUCAAGGGAAGGAAUUUGUUUUCUUUGAGUGGGUUUCAAAGCGUAGCACUCAUGCUAAUCUUCAGGCUGUUCCUAUUCCAACAUCUAGAGCACAUGCCGUUCAGAACAUAUUUGAUAUGGCUGCUGAAAAGCUGGGCUUUAAGUUCGUGAUCUCUAAAUCAGCAGAUGCUCCUGGUGAAGGAAGAAAAUCGUUGAGGACACAGUUUGAUAGUGAUCACAGUUUCUUCUAUGCUGAACUUCCUGAAUGUGUAACCUUAUCGCAUGUUAUUGAGGAGAAUGAGAUAUUUCCAGCCCAAUUUGGACGCGAGGUUUUAGCAGGCUUGCUUAACAUGGCUGAUAAAGCUGAUUGGAGGAAUUGCACCCAUUCUAAAGAAGAAGAAACAAAGAUGGCUAAAGAAUUCAAGAUACGAUUUGAAGAAUUUGAUCCUAAUAAAUGAAUUCUUAGUUGUAGUUGGGAAAUCCUGUCACUGCCCUCAUACGUUCUAGCGACUCAAGAUGCACUUCCUAGAGCUAUUAAGCUAUCCCAAGAACAUCGUGCAGAAGGUAUGCAUUGAGUAAAUUAUUUGGAUAUUUGAAGCUUUUUCUUCUUCCAGAGCUUAACAAACAACCAGAUGAAGAUAAUACAAUGAUGUCGUUUACCUGAUAGCCAAGGUUUUGGCACGCCACUUAUUUCUGGAUGCAAUGGAGUGAAGAAAAAGGGGCGUCUGUUAUUGUUAAAUACAUCUCAGCUUGUAAAUGACAGUCCAUCUAUCAUAGGCACGUGUGAGGUGUCGCCCGCUGAUCGGUACGAAUACCUUUUCUCCAUGCCUCUUACUCUUGAACGAUUCUUUUUCUUUAGAAAUUUCAUGUCGGUGUUGGAACUGUUUUCACGGCAGCUUAUAAGUGUACUUCAGCAAGUCAGUGUGUUGAAGAGGUUAUUAAUUGUAUUAGAUUAUUGAUGAAACAGACUCUUGUUUAACUAACUUAUUAUUUUGUUUUUCAUACCACAUUAUACGAUUCUAUUAUUUUUUGGAAGAACAUGACUUAUUGGAAUGGCAUUCUAAAUACUUAGAAA